AUGAAUUCUAUUAGUUUUAAAAUUGCUCAAAUUUUGAGCAAUAAAAUUUCUUCUUUAAAAAGUGUUCGUAAUUGUUCAUUUAAAAAUAUUUACUCACAAGAAAAUUUAUAUCCAAAUAGUAAAAGUCAACUUUUUACACCAACUUUUGUACCAGAUAAAGAUACAAAGUUCAGCGGGUUUAUUCCAAUGGAAAAACUUACGAUAACUUACAGCCGAAGUAGCGGCCCAGGAGGUCAACAUGUCAAUAAAACAAAUACUAAAGCUGACAUACGAUUUAACGUUAAAGAGGCCUCGUGGUUAUCCGAAGAAAUCAAAGAGAAAUUAUUGAUUCAGGAGAAAAAUAGAAUAAACAAAGACGGAUUUUUGGUAGUAAAGUCUGAAGUGACCCGUUAUCAAACUCUAAAUGUUGCUGAUGCUCUAGAGAAACUAAGAGCUAUGAUCAGGAGGACAAUUACUCCAGAAAAAGUCGAAGAUCCUGAGAGUGAAGAGCUGAUGCGCAAGAGGAAAAUCAAAGCUGCUCGAGAACGUAUUUAUGAAAAAAGAAUGCGCUCGCAAAUAAAACAAGAUCGUAAUAUUACUCUCGACUAAAUUAUAUAUUUUAAGGAAUAAUUAAUAAAAUAAAUUUGUGUAAAUA